UGACCAAUCAGGACACAAAGAAUAAAGAUCUUUUUAUUCUGAUUGGUUAAUACAAUGCUUUGAAGCAUUUCUAGUGUCUUCCUGACCGCAGCCUAUGAGUCAUAAGUCACGUGAUUUGGGUGAGUACGAACAACGAACGGAGAACGAAAGUAGAACGAAAAACGAAAGGCGAUCAAUGGUCAACGGUACGGCAUUCGUGUGUCGUAAUGUUGUGAGAUAAAGGUAUGAAAUAGAAUCAGACAGAUUUUUAUCGAUUCUUACGUAUGACCGCCAAACGAAAACACCGCGGCUGAAAAAUAGUUAAAUAAAGCAUUGUGCAAUGCGAAUAGAUUACUUUGUGACAUAUCGUCAUCCUAAUCUAACCUGUACGGAAAGGAUCUAAACAUAGCUCUCCAUUGAAGCAUCAGCUUCUAAAAGUUGCGAUACUUGGAUCAAUUGUCUCUGAUUCAAUUUAUCUCUGAUCAGCGAGAAUCUUUACAUUUGUAAAAGAAGAGCAACGAAUUUUUCAAGUUUCUUAAGAUGGAUAACUCCGAUGAGGAAUUAUUUAAUCCAUCACCAAGUUGCAGUAAAUCAAUAGUAAAUACAAGUUUAAAUUUGGCAAUGAAGCAGACAAAUGAUUUGGUGCAAGAUUCAAUUAAAGAGAGAGAUUGCCAAAAUUGCCUCGUCAAAGAUAUUUCAGUAAAGCUUACACGUUUACCAAAUACAAAGUUAAAGAAUGGAAAACCAGUUACAUUCUUCAAUAAAAAUAAAUAUAUAAACAAUAAAAGAAAAUACAAAUUGUGGAAAUUUGGAAAUGUUCAGAAAAGGAAAAAAACUUCUAAAAAACAUUCAACUCAGCAAAUACUUGAAAAGGAGAAAGGACCUAUUACUGAAAUUACUAUGGAAAGUAAAAUAGAUGAUAAUACAUAUGUUCGCUUGUAUGAACAACCACAAAAAAUAGUAGAAGAAUCAUGUGUAGCCACUCAGCGGGCUGUACAAAAUGCACAAGAAAAUGCUGAAGAUUUUACUUUAUUGACACAUGAAGCACAGAAUAAAAAGGAAGUCUUAUGCGAUGAUAAAACAUAUAUGUGUGCACGUAUUUUACCAUACGAAUUUCAUCAAAAAAAGAAUACAUCAUCUAACAGCACUAUUGAUGCAGUUGCAUGUUACAAUUUUCCAUCUUCAUCAUUAUCAAGUAGCGAGACCACGGAGCAGAAUUUAAAUACUGAUAAGAUUUGUGUAUUCAAAUGCACUUUGUCUAAAGAUAAAGAAAGGUCAAUGAAAAGACUGGUUCGUGAAAGGUUGAAAUCCAGAAAAUUUGCCAUACAAGGAGAAUUGAAUGAAUGGAAGUCUAAAAAAAAAAGGUCCUUAUCUGUAUCGUCUGAGGAGCCUAGACCAAGGAGAAAACGCUGUCGAAGAAUAUCGUCAGAUUUAUCUGACGAUAAUGAAACUGCAGUUGAAAGAAGUAUGGAAAUUACUGGAAUUGAUAAUCAAAAUAAAUCUCACUUGUCUUAUGAAAGGAUGGAUCAAGAAAAAUCGCGUCCGAAUAUACAGAUAAAUCAUGAGGCGUGUAUUACUUUAAUGAGAUUGGAACAAAUGGAUGACAUGGAUGUCAUUAAAUGGCGAGCAAGCAGAAUAAGGAAUGCUCUAGAAAUGAUUCAAUCUCAAUCAGUAAAAAAACAAUUGGACAAGCAAAAGCAAGCAGCAUUAAAACAUCAAAGAAACGAAAUCAUUUCGUUAGAUGGAUGUCAAAAACACAACUUAUCAGAAACGCAAAAUAAUCAUCAAGAUUUGUUACAAUUGUCAAUAGUGUCUAGUACUCGUGUUGAAAAACACUGUCCCGUGAGGUUAAACAAUGAACGAUUGAAUAUGAUAAAGUUAAGAAAGAAAUACAAGCUAUUUAAAAAGCCUAGAGUUUUGAUAAUAAAAUUGGAGACUUUAAAGAAUUCUUCCGAAAAUGGUAAAUAUUCGGCAAUCGAGAUCGAACGUUUAACAAAGAAAUAUAUAAACUUUGUAAUAAGUUCUACUUCUUCAUCCAAACCUCGCGAAUCGUUAUUGUAUGGAUUCGCACAUUUACAAAAAAAAAGCAUGACAGACGUGAACGUUACUCGCACGGAAAAUGAUAAGACAAGCUACAAUUUGUCUGGUGAACAAAGUGUGAACAAAAGUUCCAAACAAUCUGAUAUAGAUGGAAGUUCAGUAACAGAUGAUCAAGUUGUGGAAAGUAGCAGUAACAAGAAUGUUAAUUUUGCAUUCAUCUCUAGCCAAAGCCUGUAUAAAAAUUUAUCACCAAAAAUGUCGAGAAGCAAAAACAGUAAUUCGCCGCAGAAGUCGCUUCUAGAAAUAUGGAGAAAUGCAUUUUGUACACAAAAAUCCGUGAGGAAACCGCAAAAAACGAAUGGCAAGCAAUCCGCUUCUGUUCAGUCGACAUUAACAAAAGCAGUCUCCAUUUCGCGAAACUCGCCAAAGAAAUUGGCGGACGCGGAAUGUAAGAAUUCAAUUUCCAGUUCUCUGGCUUCCACAUCUACAUCUUCCAUAAAAGAUAAUAUAUCAGUAAAAUCACCUGGAAAACAUGCUUUGUCAAACAAACAACAAUCAGUACAAUCGACAAAGUGUAACAAGACAUCUAAAUUCGAAUUAUUCACUAAUGAUACGAAUUUUUCAAGUAACGCAAGAGUUGAAGAAACUAUCGCUAAGAACGAUCUUCAAUCUAAAAAUAGCACCAUUUCUAAAAGUCCACGUAAAGAUGUUAUAGAAGAGAAUAUUAUCGUAUCAGAUUCUUCCUUGAAUUCAAACAAACAGAUUGUGGAGAAAAUGUCAUUAAAAUCAUUUGAGAAACCGAGCAAUCUUCAACCAUUAAUCAAUGAUACGACACCUAUAAAGAUGUCGAAGACGUCAGAAAUAUGGAGCAUUAAUCAGUUAUUGCGCAAAGAUAAAUUUAAGUGUAUUAUAUGUAGUAUGUCGUUCGAGAAUUACCAAUCGCUACAAAAACACAUGGCGAUUAAUUCAUGUAAAAAAGUCACGAGUUCUUUGCGUCACAAUGCAUCGAAACGCAUAGAAUCCACGAAAAAUGAAAAAAUAAUAAGGGAUAAAAUUUGUCAAGACAAAAAUAAGUGUUCAAAACCAUCGACGUCUCAACAAAAUUCUUCUGUUAAUAUAGAAAGUGACUUUCACAAAUUCAAUCGAACUCUUAGUAAUACCGCUGAAGAAACCAUUUCACCUUCGUUCUCAUCAUUGUCGAGUGGCAGCGAAAUACAGAGCAAGCGUUUAUGGACGCCGCAAACAAAAACCAAAACCAGAUUGAUUGUAAAGUCAAACUCUGAUUUGAAUCUAAGAUCGCGAAGUGGAACAGAGCUUGCAGAAAUUAGGCGUCAAAACUCCCAUAGCGUGAACAGCGAUAAAGGAAAACAAUGCAAAGUUUGCUUACGAUUCUUUAAUAGCUAUUUGCAGCUAUUCGAACAUAUGUUUAAACAUGCAAAUCGCGUUAUCAAGAAUGCAUAUACACCGAGCAAAAAUGAUAUCUCCACGCGUCAAAAGAGUAAUGAAAACGAUCAUCAAAAGACUAACGAAAACAAUCAUCAAAAGACUAACGAAAACAAUCAUCGAGUUCCCGAUACUUUAAUAGAAGUAGAAGCAGCUACUAAAGAGACCAGAAUCAGUGUCGACGUGCAGGAGAAAGGAUUAGAGAACGCAAACGAAUCGAACACUGAUCGAAAUGUGGCUGCUUUGGAAGUGUCGCAGCGCAAUGCGGCUAAGAAGAGAGACAAAACUUCAAAUUUAUUACAAGCAGAGAUGAAGCAAAAUUUACAAAAAGAACAAUCGAUGUCUGCAGCUAAUGACGUCGAACACAGGACGGACAGUAUUCGAUAUGUGGAGAAAGAGAAAGAGUCUAUUGUCAUCUGCAAGUGUCACAGACCCAAGACAGUCAAGGAGACUCACAACAUUCAGAUUGAGAUAGUGUUAUUGUGCGAUCCCUGCCAGACUCUGUUUCGACGCCUUGAAUGCUUUGAGACACAUUGUCAGCGCGCCGUUCAUGCAUCUUGCGCCAAGAAUCGACGACGCAACAGGACACCCAAAUUGUUGUGUGUCACCUGUCAAAAAACGCUGAACUCUAUCCAGGAAUUGCAGACUCAUCUGAUAAUGCAUGCCCGACUCAUUCGCAAAAUCUUAAGACUGUCUUUCCUCUGCAACAUAUGUAAAGUGAUCUUCUAUUCGCAAGGACCUCUGUUCAAUAACCAUUUCCACAAUCAUGUGAAGAACCGGUUGUUUUUGGCUAGUCGCUUGUCAUUUCCGAAAAUUGCCUAUGUCAGCAUGAAACUCAUCGAGACGUUGCCAGCCGUGGACAACGAGACGCUGCCAGCCGUGGACAACGAGACGCUGUCAGCCGUGGAUAACGAGAAACAGAUCGAAGUUUAUAUACAAGUAGCCGAUUACAGGUGCCGAGAAUGCAAUGCGCUUUUCACUUUGGAAGAGAAUCUGAAGUCGCACAAAGUGCUCUGUCCAUACAAGGCUGCCGCCGCUGCCAGCGAUAGUGGAUCCUCGGAUAGCAGGAACGCAAGCUCGGUCAUGUCUAAGAAGAUGCAGAUUUUGCUGGUAUGUGGAUUUUGCAAUGAGACAUUUUACAAUAGGGCGCACUUCGAGCUGCAUUCGUUGGGGCACAAACAGAAACGGGAGCUGCACUCGCAUUACACUUGCGUCACCGUUACUGCCAUUACGAAGGUGUUUAUCUGCAAAGUGUGCACGACCAUGUGGAAAUCUCUGAAAAAUUUCGAGGAGCAUUGGAUGACUCACGAUACACUACAGGAAGUCUACAUAUGCUCUCUCUGCCAGAAUCAUUACGACACCAUCGAUCUAUUUCAAGAACAUGCAAUUACACACAGGAACGGUGCCGAAAAACAACAUGAACCGAUCUCGUGUAAAGUGCUUUAUCGCGACCAGAACUUUGAGACGAAUAUACGACAAGCCGCUAUAAACGACGAUCAUAUACCUUGCGCGAGUUUGAGUUCCUUUGAUGGAAAAGAAUCUUCCGAGAAGAUUAUUGCAGAUGAUAAUCCGAUUCAGGAAGAACAGUUGAGGGCUUCUGUACAGCAAAAUUUGUUGUCUAAAAAUAAACAAUCCAUAAGAGACGAGACAACAUCGCAAGAAUUAUCACUGGUAUCUUCCAGUAAAGAGACACAAGCUAUCGGGAAUGACGCGAAUGUCCAGCAAAAGUCACUCGCGCAAGUCCCCUCGAUUGAUGUGGCGAAAUCAAUACAAGCGGCAGAAAAUGGCGAUAACGAGAAGAGUAAGAAUAGCAACGAUAAUUCGGAGAAUCUCGAUGAUUCAGAUGAGGAGGAGUUGACAAUAGUGAUGUCGGAGAAUGAGGAGAAUUUAAUGUCGAAUGUGAUCAGAAAGGCCGAGUCGAGAAAAUUCGGUGACGCGUCUUCCGUUAAAUGUAACGAUACGCAAAGAAGCGCUACGACGUCCGAUGCUACCGCGUUUAUCCCUGAUGAACAGAGACAAUGUUUCAACGAUGCUUCUCCGACCGCUGCCUCUGUAGAAACUUCUGGCAAUGUUAGCAAGACUUUGAAUUUAAAUGCCCAAGUUAAUUUAACAACUUUGAAUUCAAAUGUCAAAGUUAAUUUGACGACUUUGAAUUCAAAUACCGAAAUUAGUUUGACAAGAGAGCUCGUAACACAGCUCAAAGCAAAUGUAAAUGUUUCACAAGAUAACGUAACAAUCAUCGAUCGUACGAAUAUUUUGAAUUCAACGGCAACGACACAACUAGCCGACAGUCCAUGCGAGAAUAGCGCGGAUAAUGGGUCGAUGUCUUUAAGCGCGAAACCUGCCGGAGAAAGAGCCAAGGACGCGUUACCGCAGAACGCCAUGAGCUCGAUACCCAAAUCUUUUCUACGCGUAAAAUCCUUGGCAGAACUAACGGACGUUCCAUCGCAGAAUUUUUUGUGUCAAACGUGUGGUCUGUUCUUCGAUAGCCUGUACAAAUUGAUAAAGCAUAAGUACGUGCACAUUUCUCAGAACGAGCAGAACGUAAAUCGAGCAUAUACAUCAGAGAAGUCGAAGUUUAAUCCCUCGAGGCACAUAACACAGAUUCAACAUCAUGUCCCUCAAUCUCCUUCGGUGAUUACAGGUAACACGCCUCUAUCCAGCAACGCGCCUCUAUCCAGCAACGCGCCUCUAUCCAGCAACGCGCCUCUAUCCGGCAACAUGCAUCCAUCCGGCAAUGCGCUUCUAUCCGGUAUCGCAUCUUCAUGCGGCAACGCGCCUCCAUCCGGCAGCGUGCAUCCAUCUGGCAACGUACGUCCAUUAAAUCGAGUAAUCGAUUUCAGCAAUUCCCGACAAUAUCAAGUAGCCGGCGUAAAGCCGUUGCACAAGGUCACGUAUAAUACACCAAUGAACCAGAUGAUGAAACUGAAUAAGGCACCGCAGUACAAUCUGUCGUGGAUCCCGUCGUUGAAUAAUUCCAUUGUCGUGCCACAACAAAUGACGCAACAGAAGCCGAUCUACCAUCAAAACUUACCGCCUCAGAUCGCUUAUCCGAUAAGCACGACGGUUCAACUUGGCCACCACAAUGGCGGCACCAUGGCGGUUAAACCAUUUAUGCAAACUAUUCAAGUACCCAGACCCCCACAACCACCAUCCUCAUAUCUGGAGCAACAGCAGCAGCAGCAGCAACAACAACAACAACAACAACAGCAGCAGCAGCAGCACACAAGUGUGGUCAGUGAUGUGCGUAAUUAUCCAACCCUAUUGUCUAAAGACAGCGUGCCUUACCAGUUGGCGCCAAACAAUGCGGUACCGGCGAACUCGGCUAAUGUAAUGCUCAUGAACACGAUGCUGCAGGUGUCGCAAAAUCCGGAGCGUUACAUAUGCAUAUACUGUCCGGGUUUCGAGUGCAGUUCGGUGCAAGAUUUUGCGCUGCACGUGCGUUCGCCAAAGCACGAGGCACAUAAUCAUUAUAACAGUCCAUCUUACGUGCCUCGAGCUUAAAACUGUCGAUAACGGCUUUUAUGGGAUAAUUAAAUCGAAUCGAAUGAACAUGAUAUUCCGCUUUUUUUUCUUUUUUUUUCUUUUUUUUUAGUGUCGUCUGAGAACUGACGGUCUUUUCGGCCGAAGAUAAGUCUUAUUUUAAUUGAUGGCGUGUUUGAAUCGCACGAUACUGAUAAGAUUGAUGGUAAUUAAAUCCAAUUUCUCUCUCUCUCUCUCUCUCUCUUCCUCUCUUUCUGUUCAGAAAGUCUCUAUUUAUUGUUUUAAACAGGUAUUUCUGAAUUGAAGCCAGAAGUAUAUUUGACAAUUGCUUUUCAUAUAGCUGCAUAUACAGAAUGUUCGGAGUCAAUCGCGAUACCCGUCGUGUGCAGGUAGAGCAGGUAAAACCGAGGAGAAAAGUCUUUUACCAUUUUGUGAUCUUUGCAAUAAUUAUUGAAAAAUAAAUUAAAAAAGAUCGAUCAAUUCGCGCGAGUAUAAGCGCACGAUAGAAAGGGACAUCCCAUUGAUAUGUGGUUGCUAGGAUGCGAGAAUCCAGCGUUAUGUACCGCUCGUACGUAACCGUUUUCAUUUGUAGAGCGCACCUCCCAAAACUUCGUCGCGCACUUAACAACCGCAAACUUUUGGGCCGACUCUUCUCGUCACGCACUUAUAAUGGUCACGCACGCAAGAAUUGGUCGAUUUUUAAAAAUUAAUUUCUCAAUAAUUAUUACGAAAAUCGCAAAAUAGUGGAGGACUUUUCUCCUCGGUUUAACCCGCUCUAUCUGCACACAACGGGUGAUGCGAUUGAUUCCGGACACCCUGUAUAUAUGUGUGCGUUGUUUUCUCGAACUUUUCGGAAAAAUAUCUCAAUAUAUAGGCCUACCAUAAAUUUUGUAUAUAAUAAUAAUAAUUUUUGUUUAUUAUAAAAAUUCUUAUCUCUCCUUAUGUGUACACCUCAAUUUUUAUAUUUAAUCAAUAAUAUAUAUAUAUAUAUAUAUAUAUGAUAACAUAAAGACCGUCGCAUUUAUAUUUUAUUGCCCGCUAUUUCUAAUUAUAUCAACUUUUAGUACAUUAGCUAUCUCUCUCAAUUUGAGAGGAUAAUUUUCUGUUUGUUUUUCUCUGUCGCCGAAGUGAUUAAUCAUUUUCAUCGAUAUAUACAAAUAUCGCAGAAGAAAAACAAAUUGAUAAUAGAAGGAUUAAAAACGCGAGUUUCAAACAUGAAAAUUAUUGAUAUACACAGUUUGAUCAGAAGCGUGUGAAUCGAAACCGCUAUAAAUUUCAGUUUUAUCUAUCUAUAAGUAUUUUAUAAUUUUUAUAUAUAUCGCGCUUAUUCUUGUGAUACUAAAAAAGAUAUACAUAAUAUCAACGUUUGAUUUAAAUCGUUUAUAAGAAAUUGCAAAUGUUACACAAUACACAAAUAAAGAAAUAAAUAUCCAAAUAUAAAAAUAUACAGUUUAUUAAAUAUAAAUUAAAUAAAAAAUACAAACAUUAACUAGAAAAGUAAUAUGAGGUCCGCAAAAAAAUGUAAGUUAAGUAAAUUUUUCUCUUUAGCAUUUAUUAUUAUCGUUUUUAUUGAAUUUCAACAUCCUUUUUGAAUUGUCAACUCAUUGUUUAACGUUCCUUUAACUGAUACGUUACAACGAAUGACUGCGCAUCUUCAAGUUUUACCAAGUCAGUUUUAAAAUCA